CUAGAACAUAUAAAGAACUACCAGAAUUUCCUAGCCUUCAUUUUUGCCAUUGAAGAGAUUAAUAGCAACCCUCAUCUUUUACCCAACAUAACUUUGGGAUAUGAGUUCCAUAAUUUCCUUCACAGUCAUUGGAGAAUGUUGGAGAGUUCUCUUAUUUUGCUCAUAAGACAAGAUGGGAUCCCCAAUUAUACAUGCUGGGGGAAAAGCAAGUCUGUAGCAGUGUUAACUGAAUCAUCACAGUCAACUUCUGCUCAAAGUGGAGCCUUGCUGGAACUCUACAAAUUUCCACAGGUUUCCUUUGGUUCUUAUGAUCCUAUGCUGAAAGACAAUGGCCAAUUUCCUUCUCUCUACCAGGUUUCCCAAAAGGACACAUCUCUGGCCCUUGGCAUGGUUUCCUUGAUGCUUCAUUUCAGCUGGACUUGGGUAGGACUUGUCAUCACAGAAGGUCAUAAAGGUCAUCGAUUUCUCUCAGAUGUCCAUGCAGAAAUGGACAGAAACAGAGUCUGUGUAGCAUUUGUGAAAAUGCUCCCAUCUCCUCUUGCAUCAUAUAUGCCAAGUACACAUGAACACAUUGUCCUAAGUGGGGAAACAUCACUGGUCAAUGUGGUUGUAAUUUACUAUGACAUUGAUGGUCUGAAUGAUUUAUACUAUGUUAUAGAGCCAUAUAUAGCCACAUGGAGAGUCUGGAUCACAAAUUCACAAUGGCACGCUGACAUGGCUGGGAAAAAUUUUAUACUUGACUCAUUCCAUGGUGCUCUGAUUUUUUCAAGCCAUCAUGAAGAGAUUUCAGGUUUCAAAAAUUUUGUCCAGGCAGUUAAUCCUUUCAAGUACCCAGAGGACACUUACCUCACUACCUACUGGUUCCAUAAUUUCCAUUGUUCAUUCUCUGAUUCUGAUUGCACAUUGAAGAGCUGUCCACCUAAUGCCUCUUUGGCAUGGUUGCCUUUGAAUCAUUUUGACAUGGCCAUGAAGGAUGUGAGUUACAAUAUAUACAACGCUGUGUAUGCGGUGGCCCAUGCUCUGCAUGAGAUGAUUUUUCAACCAGGAGAAAAGUCUUCAGUGAGAAAUAAAGAGUCAAUGAUGUUUUUUCCCUGGCAGUUGCACCCAUUUCUGAAAAAUAUUCAGUUUAAGAAUCCUGCUGGAGACCAAGUGAAUUUGGAUGAUAGAUUGAAAAUGGAUGCAGAGUAUGACAUUUUCAACUUUUGGAACUUUCCAGAAGGCCUUAGACUAAAGGUCAAUGUAGGAGUAUUUUCCUCCCAUGUUCCACUUGUCCAACAAUUGUCUAUAUCUGAGGAUAUGCUAGAAUGGGCCAUGGCAGCUACACAGACUCCCCACUCUGUGUGCAGUGAAAGUUGUAAUUCUGGAUUUAGGAAGACUCCUCAGGAGGGAAAGCCUGCCUGUUGUUUUGAUUGUACGCCUUGUUCAGAAAAUGAGGUUGCCAAUGACACUGAUAUGGAAGAAUGUGUGAAGUGUCCAGUUGAGCAGUAUGCAAACACUCAGCAAAACCACUGCCUCCAAAAAUCUGUGACUUUUCUGGCUUAUGAAGACACCUUGGGGAUGACACUGGCCAGCACAGCUCUGAGUCUCACUCUUCUCACAGCCAUUGUUCUUGGGCUCUUCGUGAAACACCGAGACACUCCUGUUGUCAAGGCCAAUAACCGGGCACUCAGUUACAUCCUGCUCAUCUCCCUCACCUUCUGCUUUCUCUGCUCCUUGCUGUUCAUUGGCCGUCCUAACACAGCGUCCUGCAUCCUCAGGCAGACCACAUUUGGAGUUGCGUUUACUGUGGCUGUUUCUACUGUCUUGGCCAAAACCAUUACUGUGGUUCUGGCUUUUAAGGUCACUGCACCAGGCAGAAGGAUGAGGCACUUGUUGAUUUCAGGGGCACCCAACUCCAUCAUUCCUAUCUGCUCCCUGAUUCAAUUCACUCUCUGUGGAAUCUGGAUGGGAACAAACCCACCUUUUAUUGACACAGAUAUGCACUCUGAACAUGGCCACAUCAUCAUUGUGUGCAACAAGGGCUCACUGACUGUCUUCUACUGUGUCUUGGGAUACUUGGGUUCCCUGGCCCUGGUGAGCUUUACUGUUGCCUUCAUGGCCAGAAACCUGCCUGACACAUUCAAUGAAGCCAAGUUCCUGACAUUCAGCAUGGUGGUGUUCUGCAGUGUCUGGGUCACCUUCCUCCCUGUGUACCACAGCACCAAGGGAAAGGUCAUGGUGGCCAUGGAGGUGUUCUGCAUCUUGGCCUCCAGUGCUGGCCUCCUGGGCUGCAUCUUUGCUCCUAAGUGCUAUGUUAUUUUAUUAAAGCCAGAGAGAAAUUCUGUGCAUGGAUUCAGAGAAAAAAACAUACGCUGCAAGAAAGAACCCUUCUUGAGCUUUUCCUAA